CCUGAAAGUGUUUCAGAGACUUCUGGAUUCUGUUCCUGCAGGACAAGACCGUCUGUACUGCUGAAGUCAUGCUGAGCAUCUGAUGGUCUUCAGCGACACAGAGACACCAGAGCUGAGCUGUUUUCAGUGUCAGUUUAUCUGCAGUAAUGUCAGAGGAGCGAGGAAAGGACUCUCUCUCUAAGAUGAGUCUCUCAGAGAAACAGAGUGAAAGAUCAGACUCAGAUGUGUUCAGCUUUGUGCAUCUAAAGAGUUUCUGGUCAAAAGGUGAAGGACCGAAAUUCAGUGAGAGAAAACCAUCAACUAACAAAAGUGAAAGAUCAGACUCACAUGUGUCCAGCUCUGUGUCUGUGAAGAGUGACUGUUCAAAAGGUGAAGCACCAAACUUCAGUGAGAGAAAACCAUCAACUAACAAAAGUGUAAGAUCAGACUCAGAUGUGUCCAGCUCUGUGUCUGUGAAGAGUGACUGUUCAAAAGGUGAAGCACCAAACUUCAGUGAGAGAAAACCAUCAACUAACAAAAGGGUUCAAUGGAAGACAUCAGACAUUCAGACUCACAGGAAACAUGAGAGUUUCAAAGACAAUCUCCUAGGGAUCUUCCAGGAUCUUGAGAGCAAAAUAAUCACAUUUCUGAAGAAUGAACUAGAAAAGUUUAAGAAAAUAUUACUGAAAGAAAACACUCAAUACUUUGUGAAUGACUUUAAUGAGAAUAGAUGCAGUACCAAAGCAGCAGCUCUUGAUCUCACACUACAUUACCUGAGAGAGAUGAAGCAAGAUGAAGCUGCUGAUGCUCUAGAAGAUGAGCUGCUCUUCAUUCAUCAGCUCAAAUGUGGCCUAAAGAAGAAGUAUCAAUGUGUGUUUGAAGGAAUUGCGAAGCAAGGUGACUCCACACUUCUGAAUAACAUCUACACAGAUCUCUAUAUCACUCAGGGUGGCAGUGAACAGGUCAAUACUGAACAUGAGGUCAGACAGAUUGAAGUUGCUUCCAGGCGUCAUGAAUCUCAAGAGAUACAGGUUAAAUGCACACAAUUGUUUGAAGCUCCUGAACAAGGCAAAGAGAUCCGAACUGUUCUGACAAAAGGAGUCGCUGGCAUCGGAAAAUCAGUCUCUGUGCAAAAGUUUGUUCUGGACUGGGCUGAAGGAAAAGAAAAUCAAGAUAUCAGAUUCAUAUUUCCUCUUCCAUUCAGAGAGAUGAACUUAAUGGAGAAAGAAACACUAAGUUUGAUGGACCUUAUAACUCAGUUUUUCCCAGAGACAAAAGGACUGAACCUUACAAGAAGGAAUCAAUUCAAAGUCCUGUUCAUCCUUGAUGGAUUGGACGAAUGUCGGCUUCCUCUGAAGUUUGAUUGUAAUGAGACGUGGCGUGAUGUAUCAUCACCAGCCUCUCUGGAUGUUCUCCUAACGAACCUCAUGAAGGGAAAUCUGCUUCUUUCUGCUCUCAUCUGGAUCACCACCAGACCAGCAGCUGCCAGUAAGAUUCCUCCUGACUGUAUCGACCGGCUGACAGAGAUACGAGGAUUCAAUGAUGCUCAAAAGGAAGAGUACUUCAAGAAAAGAUUCACGGAUCAGAAUCAGGCCAACACAAUCAUUGAUCAUGUUAAAAAAUCAAAGAGUCUCUUUAUCAUGUGCCACAUCCCAGUCUUCUGCUGGAUUUCAGCCACUGUUCUCCAGAACAUUCUGGAGGAGAAAGGAAAUAAUGAUGUGAAAAUCAAUCAGGCUGAUGAGAUCUCUAAAACACAGCAGAAAUCAAACACUGAAGAAACUCCCAAGACUCUGACACAAAUGUACACACACUUUCUCCGCUUUCAGAUGCAGCAGAGCCGCCAAAAGUAUGAUGGAGAAUUCACACCAGAUGUUUCUUGGGAUAAAGACGCCAUCCUUUCACUGGGGAAACUGGCAUUUCAUCAGCUGGACAGAAACAACGUGAUCUUCUAUGACACAGACCUGGAAGCCUGUGGUAUUGACGUCUAUAAGGCAUCAGUGUACUCAGGCAUGUGUACCCAGAUCUUUAAGGAAGAAACAGGGAUCAUUCUUGGUACCAUGUACUGCUUUGUUCACUUGAGCAUUCAAGAGUUUAUUGCAGCCCUUUAUGCACAUCUGUUUCUAGACAUCAGCAAGACAAGAGUGUUUGAUCAUGAGUCUACAGAACAGAAAAACAAAAAUGAACCCAUGAUUGAUUUUCUCAAGACUGCAGUGGACAAGGCGCUCAAGAGUGACAGUGGACACCUGGACCUUUUCCUUCGCUUCCUCCUCGGUCUGUCACUCCAGUCCAAUCGACGACUCUUACGAGGUCUGUUAUCACAGCAAGAUGACAAUGUCCAGAGCAACAAGAGAAUAGUUCAGUACAUCAAGCAGAAAUUAGAAGGUAAUCUGCCUGCAGAGAGAUCCAUCAAUCUGUUCUACUGUCUGAAUGAACUGAAUGACCAAACUCUGGUGAAGGAGAUUCAGACCCACCUUAGCAAAGGAAGUCUCUCAUCUGGUGACCUUUCACCUGCCCAGUGGUCUGCUUUGGUCUUUGUGUUGUUGACAUCAGAGGAAGAGCUGGAGGAGUUUGAUCUUCAGAAAUUCAAGCAAUCAGACGAGUGUCUCAUUAGAUUAUCGGCAGUCAUCAAAACCUCCAGAAGAGCUCUGUUGAAUAAUUGUAACUUAACAGACAAAAGCUGUUCAGCUCUGGUUACAGUUCUGGGAUCAGAUACUAAUCUGAAAGAGCUGAAUAUGAAUAAUAAUAAUCUGCAGGAUUCAGGAGUGAAGCAGCUCUGCACUGGACUGACAAAUAUAAAGUGCAAAUUGGAGAUAUUGAGUUUAAGCUGCUGUGAUAUGACAGAUGAAGGUUGUUCUGCUCUGACUAAAGCUCUGAAAUCAAACCCAUCACACCUGAGAGAGCUGAACCUGAGCAGGAAUAAACUAGGAGACUCUGGAGUGAAAAACCUCAGUGAUCUACUGAUGAACCCACAAUUCAAGCUGGAGAAACUAGAUCUGAGUUACUGCAGUAUUACAGAGAAACAGUGUCUCAUCCUGACUUCAGCUCUGAAAUCAAACCCAUCACACCUGAGAGAGCUGAACCUGAGCUGGAAUAAACUAGGCGACUCAGGAGUGAAGCACCUAUGUGACAUACUGAAGGAUUCACACUGUAAACUGGAGAUAUUGAAUCUACAUUACUGUGGCAUUACAGAUGUUUCUUCUUUAACUCAGUAUUUGACUAACUCAACAGCACUGCAGUUUUUAAAAGAGCUUGAUCUGAGUUACAAUAAGAUAGGAGACUCAGAGCAGCGGCUCCGUGAUGUGCUACGAGACUCAAACUGUGUCCUGAGAGUAGAUAAAUUUUAAUCACCAAACAUCCCUGAUGGAUCGUUUACAUCAGUUUAAAUCUGUGAAAUGAUCAUGAGAGGAUCAGAGACCAUCAGAUGAUCCACAGAAGAGUCUCUACUGCGUCUAUGAGGAGAAAUAAAUGUGUGAUUAAUGUGUAAAUGUGUUUCAUACAGGUGGAAGAGACUCAGAUUUACAGUUAAAUAAAGCAGCAUGUGUGUUAGCAUGAGUAUCAGAAACAUAUGAUAUUGAAUGAUUAAUGUUGUUUUAAUAUUCAGAUGAUGGUUUUGUGUUAUUUAAAGGAGGAACAGGAGGAAGAAGCUCAGAUGAGUCUGUCAGCAGAAAUCUUCAGUAUCAGGCCUACAAAUAUAAUAAUGUUUGGAUUAAACUUAUCCAUAAUGAUUAAAAUGUGUCUAAUCAUAAAUGUGAUUGUCAAGUAUAGCACAUAAAUGAUAUAAUAUGAUAUAAAGUAAGUCUACAAUCAAA